AUGAAAUCUAGCACACUCAUUGUUGCUACCGUGUUGUUUUCUGUCCUGUUGGUUGCAAGCAGCUUGAAUGCCUUGAGCUUGGAAAGAAGAUUGGCCAAAGCUAUCGUUCAAGAAAUUAGACACCAAUUGACCAAAUCCUCUUUUUCUGGAUUGUCUGAUAGUGAAUCAUUCUGGCCUGAAACUCGUUGUACCAAUGUUGAUAAUGCAUUGAAUGUUAGAACUUCUCCUGGUGGACAAGUUGUUAAAACUUUAGGACCAGAAACUCAAGUAACUGUAUACGAAACUAGUAAUGUUAAUGGUGUCAAGUGGGCUCGUAUUGGAGAUAAUCAAUGGGUUUCUGCUCAAUUUUUAAAGAUGGCCUGUCAAGAAUCAUAUUCUGGACCUGACAGCAAGACUGGUGAUAAGGCAGCUGAAACAUUGGCAGAAAUAUUCAAGAGUGAAGGAAGAUGUCAAAAUUGGGCAAGUGAUUCUGGUAAUGAAUUCCAAGGAAAGAUUGGUUAUACAUGUAUGGGUGUUACUCCAUCAGAAUGUUGGAAUAAUAGAAAUGGCUUCUUUGCACCAUUUAAUAAUGGUUUCUCUGGUCAUCCAGCUGACUUUUGCUAUUAUGCCUAUAACCAAAAUCCAUCACUUUACAAAUCAAGUGCAGCUCAAUUAUAUUCUGAAAAUUAUUUUGGACCUGGAGGAUGUUCUAACUUACCACAACCUGCUUUCUAUGUCUGUUCUGAUAUUGCUGUCAACUCUGGUACUGGUAGAUCAAGACAAUACCUUAAUGAAUUUGGUGGUUACAAUGGACAAGAUCCAAAAGCUUUCGCCAGACAAUUAAACGAAAGACACAGACAAGAUUACUUGUAUUGGGGAAGACCAGGAACUGCCAAUAACAAAUUCUUGCAAGGAUGGUUGAAUAGAGCUAAUGAUAGAGCUGCCUACAUUGAUAAUUAUUAA